AUGGAGUGCUUGGCGCAGGAGGUGGAGGAGCAGCGGGAGGGUCCCGGUGGGGCCCAGGGCACCCUCGGCCUCCCACCCCCCACCGUGGCGGGUGUCUCCCUCCCUGCCCCCGAGCUCUGCGGGCCUCAACCGGCUCUGCCCGCCCGGCGCCAACUCCUGGCGCGCCAUGCACCGUCCGCCGGGUGUGAAGCUCUGCGGGGAGAAGGGGAGUCGGCCACGCGGAGCGGAGCAGCAACAGAGCUGGGUCCUGACUCGUCCAGACUGGCGUCCGGGGGACCCGGGCGCGCGUCCUUCCAUGAGCGCGCCUCCACCCUGCCGAGGACAGGCACCUGGGAUUUCCGAAAUCCUGGCAGCCAGCGAAGUGCAGACGUGCCUUGCGGCCUCUGCCCCCGCAGCGCUGAGGUCAGGAGCAGCUGCGCAGGAUUGAUCAGGUUUUGGCAGGAUGGGGUCCACGACGACAUCCCGUGGGACACGCGGGACAGGGCAGGCGUGAGGGAGCUGGGUGGGCGUCCGGGUCUCCACCCUGACUUUGGCCGUUAUAUUAAUAUAGUUCCCAGAAAACCUGCAAAGAUGGGGAAGUUGAAGGAAAUCAAGCCGGUGGUGCACUGUGACAUGAAUGUGCCUUCCAGGUGGCAGAUGUUCCAUCGUAUGUCCCGACAAAUAAAUGUUUUCACAAAUGGAAGAUUAUUUAUUCCACCUGUAAAGAUUAUUAUACCCAAAUUCAGCCUGAUGGAGUGGAACAGCGUGCUGGCCACGGUCGGGGAGAAGGUCUUCCCCCUGGGAGGCGUUAGAAAAUUAUUUACAAUGAAUGGAUAUCUUUUGGACAACUCCAAGGAUUUGCAAGACAACCAUUUUUACGUGGCAGCAGGACUGGAGGCCUUCAAGAAUUUCCCUUACUGGAAGUACCCAAAGGUGCCGAGUGAAAUCCAACAAAAGUACAGAGACAUUGAGAAACAUUCACGAGGAAAGGAAAAAGAGGAUCCCAAGGUGAAAGACACUUGUAAACAGGACAGCGUUUCACCCAAAGCACAGGAUUCUGUGUUUUAUGCCAAAGAAGGAAAAAAGAAGCGAAAGGCAGAGCCUUUAAUCCAGAGUGGGGCAGAUGGUGACGUGUUUAAAGCCCAGACUCCUAACCAGGAGACCCAAGGAGCCCCGGAAGUCAAGGAGGCCCCAGACGUGCACGUGGAGCUGCCUGUGGACGGGAGACCAGCCGAGAUCGUCAAAGACGCUGAAGAGACAGACAGACACACGUCUGAUUUUGAAAGCAACAGGGAAAAAGAAGAUGAAAAGCUUUAUGAAGAUAAUGAAAGGGAGGUUUGUAUCAACAGAUUCUGUAGUUUUGUGUUUCCUGUUCUGAAGACAGACCUAACAAGAUAAUCAAAGGAUUCCCAAACCUUGUCAGGUGCUUGUUAGAAAUACAACAUCUGCGUCUCCAUCAUCCACCAUAGCUCUGUUCCCUAGAGGCAGAAAACCAACUCAGAGGAAAGGAAAUG